AUGCUUGAUUUUCAUACAUUAAUAUUGAUUUAUUUUAAUAUACAGCCUACACCUGUUUAUUAUACUGAUUGGCGUCAAAAACCAUCGAUUCCAUUUCGUCGUGGAAAACAUUACAACAUCUCGAAAGUUGGUCCUCCUAUAACAAUAUCUGUUUAUCCACCGACUAUUUUAUUCGGUCGUUUACUUAAAUUAAUAUGGGGUAAAAGUCCUAUUUGGGAAAUAUCACAAUCAUCUAUUGAUAUUGAUGAUUAUUUACCUAUUUGUUUACAUCCAGUACCACUUCCAACAAUAACUGAUCAUAUAAAACAUCAAACUCUUUGUGCUAAACCAAUUAUUUGGAUGGUACGAAGAUCUCAAGUACAAGCUCAUUCUAUUUCUCGAUCUAUUAAUAAAAUACGAUUGAUUGAUGAAUUACCAAUAAAUCAAAAAUAUAAUUUUGUUUUACUUGGUAAUGGCAAUUUAGUAUUUGGUAAAAUUCCACAUAGAACACUUAAAUAUCCUUAUCGAUUAUUAAGUAAACAUGUAGUUCUUGCUAAACGUUCGCCUAAUGUACGAUUUGCAGGUGAAAUGAAAAAAACUGAUAAUGGUGAAACAUUGCUUAUCAAUAAUAAUUCUGGUACUUAUCGACCGGAUGAUAAAAUGGUGCCUGAUGCUGUGGCUUAUUUUCACCGUCUUUUUCCUCAUUUACUAGUACGUGAAAUAUCACGACAUUAA